CUAAUUUUAAUGUACUAUUUUUUUUUCUGUAGCUCUAAAAGAAGUUUUAAAAAAUCAGACAACUAAAUUAGUACUUAAAGACAAAGAAGAUAAGGAAGUCACUGCGCAGAUUUGUCUGGACGAUUCACAUUCUGUUACUGUACCGCAAAAAUCCAUGCUGGAGGAUAAUGUUUCAUCACCAAAGGUGAACAGCUCUAUGCCUGUGACUUAUGCAGUAUCAGGAGACACAAAUAAAAGUGAGAACGUUGCUGCAGCUAAUAGAGCUCCAAAUCAUGCCGAAACCACUAAAACUGCUGAAAUCACCCCUGAUACCCCUGCAUUCCCUGUCCCCCUCUAUCAGUACUGGUACAUGCAUCAUGCUUACAGAAAGGAGUUGGAGCAAAUAAAGAAUCAGCAUGGAGUUUCUAUAAGUGCAGAAGUGUCAGUGUUCAUCAAACCUACCCAGAACUCAAGCCUUGAUUCUGUCGCCAAAGCCUCUGAGGACUUUCAGACACUUGUUAAGGGAUGUGUGAAUAGUUUUAAUGAUGUUGCCAUUAAUCAUAAUGACAUCGAUUCAGAUAUUGUAAAGGAGACCCUGCACAGGAUCCGAUCAGAGAAUGAAAAGAUGAUGUUCACCAUGUCUGCCAGUGACUGCCUGUUCUUUGGACCGAAGAAAUUUACAGACGUCAUUAAAAGAGAGACAAAUGAAAUGGAUGUAGAUAACAAUGUUUCUCCACAAAGCAGGUUUUCACUGGACAUAGACACUAAGGAACUUCCAACUCAACUUGAGAUGGACAAGGUUCAUUGGGAUCUGAUGAAUCUUUCCUAUAAGGAACAAUUGUCACAGCUUGAAACAAAGUAUGGAGUGUCAUUUAAUGAAGAAAAACUGCAGAAAAAUGUAAUCAAGGUUCAAGCUCGAUCUAAAGGAGUUCAGCAUAUUAAUCUUGAAAGUCAUGCCCUCAGAGCUUUAACACAUCUCUACCAGAAACUUGCCUCAGCCACUGUCAGCUGUAAACUCACAACCCCUACAGAUAAAACUGAUGUGGCACCACUAUUAGAGAAACUUCAGCAGCAGCAUCAUUGUGUUGUUGCAGCAGAUGAACUCAGUCCCUGGAGGCUUGUUGGACUGCCAGAACAUCUCGGUCCUGCCAUUACCGAUAUUGAGAAGACACUUCAGAAGAAUGUGUUUGAUGACAAAAUGAAGGAAUUGAUUGGAUACUCAGGUGACAUUCCUCACCCAAAAGGAAUCAGCUGGAAUCAGAUGCCUGAUUAUGGAUCAGGAGCAGUGGGUGGAGCAGAACGGGAUGAGAGAGGGAAUUUAAGAAGGCAAAGUGAAGCAGAUACAGGUUUCAAUGAAGAUUCAGAAGGAAAUUCUAGACAUGACAGUAAAUGUGCUCAUGCUGAAGAGGAGACAUGUAGUAUUUGUAUGGACAGCUUCACCAACAAGAAAACAAUUAAAUGUGGACAUGAAUUCUGUCAGGAAUGUAUAAGGAGGUCAGUGGAGAGUCUGGGGCCCAUCUGUCCUGUUUGCAAGGAAGUCUUUGGGAAAAUGGAGGGGAACCAACCAGAUGGAAAAAUGCGUGUAAGAAACAACAGAUGGAGUCUCCCUGGAUAUCCAGGCUGUGGCACUAUUGAAAUCACCUAUGACAUACCCAGCGGUAUUCAAACGGAGAAGCAUCCAAACCCAGGAAAGCCUUUUCAUGGGGCAAAUCGUUGUGCGUACUUGCCAGACAAUGAUGAAGGAAAUGAAGUACUUACACUGCUGCAAAAGGCUUUUAAUCAGAAACUGAUCUUUACUGUUGGGAAAUCUACAACUUCUGGAAUGGAUAAUGUCGUCACCUGGAAUGAUGUUCAUCAUAAGACCAAUAAAAACGGUGGGCCUGAAAGUUACGGCUAUCCAGACCCUGACUACCUGAAGAGAGUAAAGGAUGAGUUAAAAGCCAAAGGCAUUGAAUGAGGUUUUGAUUUGUAUGUUCCCAAAUGCACAUCUAAGCCUAAUAUUUCCAAUAAACCAUUUAUAGAUUAUCACAUUUUAAUAUACACAUUUUAUAUAUAGUGACUUUAAGAACUAUUCAGACCCUUGAUUAGUUUACUGAAAAACAAUCUAUAUAUUGAACUUUUGUUCUGUGUGAAUCUCAAAAUUAUUUUAAAAUGAUUAACAAAUAAACAAACAAAAACAGACAAAACCUAAAACACUUCAUUAACGGUCAAGAUCAUUAAAUACAUAAUCUAAAAGUAUCGUUCUGGACAGCACUAAAGAAACACUGUAACAAUGAAGAAGAAAUAGCUAUAGCAGUAAGAGAGUAUCUGGAAUCCAAAAGUUAGGAAAAGAGUAUGAAGUGUGCACAUACCUGUUCUCACCAUUUGAUCAGUUAUCCAGAAGUGGAGACGACAUCAUCUAGACACUGCUGAGAAAUGAUUUCCCCUCAAAACUCUUCACUUUAAAAGAGCUAGAGACGUCAGUGGCUGAGAAUGGUAUUUCAGUGGGUCUAAUUACUUUUGCCAGGCACUGUAUAUUUCCUAUAAAGUAUUUGUUAAAUUAAGGUGAUGGGUUUUCAUGGUGUUUAAUUGAAAUGAAACUAUUUGCAAAACAUGCAUUACAUGCCACACUUCACCAAAUCUUUCAGAAACUGCCUCUAAAAAUACUUUCCAUCGUGUUGAUUUUAAUUUUAAAAUGUAUGCUUUUUUUUUUUUCUCAGUACACCCAUUCAUUUUUUAGCUCAUUUUCAGAAAGCAAAGCAUGACUGUUUCUCAUAUCAAAUUUGAAUGAUUAAUCUUUUUUGUUUUGUUUCAAUCAUAUUGAAAAUGAAAUAAAAUGAAUGUAAGUUCUAACUUUUAGAAAGAUUUCCUUGUAAACAAGUUGUCAUAAAACAAAUCAGCUUAAAAAUAUUAGCAAUUUUUGUUGUUGCAGUUUGUUUCUCUUGUAGGGUUUAAAAGUAACAAAAACCUUUGAAUUCCUGUUACAUCCAAUGGCUCUUACAACUCUAUGGCUCUCUUUUCUGCUCUUAGAUGCUUCUCUUCCUCUCUUUUUGAGCUACUGUUAAUAAAACCUUACAUUUUCAAA